AUGGCAUCCGCUCGCUCUCUGAUGCGCUUGGGCUCUGGCCGCUCAAUGGCUUCGGCCUCGAGGGUCAUGCCUUUGCGCGCCUUUUCCUCCUCUUCGCUGCAAUAUGCAGCGAAGGCCUCAACACAACCGGGCUCGCCGGAGCCGGAAAACAUGCGUCAGGCGCAACGGCCUCCUUCUGGUCCCCUCCGAGCUCCGAUCGUCAAUCCUACCGACAAGUAUCAGCAGAAGGCCGACGGCCUGCACGCCUACGGACAGUACAUCAUGUCCUGCCUUCCCAAAUAUAUCCAGCAAUUCACCGUGUGGAAGGACGAGCUUACCGUUUAUACUCCUCCGGCCGGUGUCGUGCCCGUGAUGAGCUUCCUGAAGAACCACACUUCUGCAGAGUUCACCCAGAUCUCUGAUAUCACUGGUGUCGAUUUCCCCACCCGUGACCAGCGCUUUGAGGUCGUUUACAACCUGCUGAGCGUCCGUUACAACUCCCGUAUCCGCGUCAAGACCUAUGCCGACGAGGCCACCCCUGUCCCCAGUGUCACCGGUCUGUUUGAGGGAGCUUUGUGGUACGAGCGUGAGGUCUGGGACAUGUUCGGUGUUUUCUUCUCCGGUCACCCCGAUCUGCGCCGUAUCAUGACUGACUACGGUUUCGACGGUCACCCCCUGCGCAAGGACUUCCCCUUGACCGGUUACACUGAGGUGCGGUAUGAUGAGGAGAAGAAGCGCAUUGUCAUUGAGCCACUGGAGCUCACUCAAGCCUUCCGUAACUUCGAGAGCGGCUCCACUGCCUGGGAGCCCGUCGGUGCUGGCCAGAAUCGGACGCCUGACUCGUUCAAGCUCCCAACUCCCAAGCCCGAGGAGAAGACUGAGGGGGAAAAGAAAUAG